AUGCCUUCUCUCAAGUCGCCCCCCGUCAUUGACUUUUCGGACUUUCUUUCUGGCGACGCCAAGCGUAUGCAACAUGUCGCGGAUCAAAUCCACGAGGCCUGUACCACACAGGGAUUCUUCCAAAUCGUCAAUCAUGGUAUUACUCUGCAGCUUCAGAGAGACAUCAUGAAGGCAUCCAAAGAGUUCUUUGCUCUCGACAAGGGUGAGAAGAUGAAACUGGACAAAUCCAAGAACAAGUACAACCGUGGCUACGAGGUUAUGCAUGGCCAAAUGAUCGAAGCCAAUACGCGACCUGAUCUGAAGGAAGGCUAUUACGUUUCCCGUGAUCUGCCUUUGGACCACCCGCAAGUGAAGGCUGAAAAGUUCGCUCAUGGCCCGAACGUCUGGCCCGAAUCUCUCGGGGAGCCCUUUCGCAAAAUCUGCAUGGACUAUUUGGAUCAAAUUACCAAGCUUACAGAGGAAGUACUUCGCGCCACAUCUAUGAGUCUUGGGUACGAUGCGAGCUACUUUGAUGAGUUCUGCAAGGAUCCUAUGUGCUUCUACAAGAUGCUUCACUACCCCCCUCAGCCGCCUGAUGCGCACGCGCUGCAACGAGGAAUCGGUGCACACCGAGACUUUGGUGUUAUUACGCUACUCCUCCAAGGCGACGUAGCGGGCCUUGAGGUCUGGGACGAUGAGGCCAAAGACUGGUAUCCCUGUCCCCCCGUUGAGGGCGCUUACGUUGUGAACAUGGGCAACCUAUUCGAGCAGUGGACAAAUGAUGUCUACAUCUCCAACGUCCAUCGUGUCAUCAACCGUUCGGGAACUGAGCGAUACAGUAUUCCGUUCAACUAUAACGGCAACCCAGACUUCAUCAUCAAAUGCUUGGACAAAUGCCGUGCCAAAUCUGACGACGAGAAAUAUGCCCCUGUGAGUGUCGAGGACUAUGUCGUACAAAAGUACAAGGAUGUCUACUCCCGCGCUGGCGUCUACAACCAAGACACAUUUGCACCUGUCAAGACAGCCGUGGUCUAA